CCAAGAUGGCGCAUUCACGGUCGCCUUGCUCGUAGCGCCAGGCAUUACCGAGUCGGUGCAUUCCCGCGCACGCAUGAGCUCGCCGACCAUUCAGCCGCGGAGUGCGCCACCGCCAGCCCCCGUGGGUCAAGAUCGCAUGAAUUGGCUCGCGGGCUUCAAGCCCAACAAAAAAGGCGGCCUUGUGUUUGACGACAAGGUUGUUCUAAAGAAACAGCAAGGCGUCGUCAAGGAUGUCAUGGUGCAGCUGGGCGCGCAGCUCCUGAGCGGGAAGCUUGCGGUGCGGCUCUCGCUUCCAAUCCGCGUCUUUGAGCCGCGCUCGCUUCUCGAGCGGGUCGCGGAAGCCUGGUCGUAUGCACCAACGUAUUUAACCAAGGCCGCGACAACCAUGGACGCCAUCGAGCGUCUGACGAAUGUCAUGGCGUUUGUCGUCAGCGGUCUGCACUGCUGCGUCAACCAAAACAAACCAUUCAACCCGAUCUUGGGCGAAACGUACGAGAGCAGCUUGCACGACGGCACGCUGAUCUACAUGGAGCACGUACAGCACCAUCCGCCGGUCGCGGCGUUCCUUGUCCUCGGGCCCAAAGAAUCGUACUCGCUCCACGGGCGGUACGAAUUCGAGUCGUCCAUGUCGGGCAACACGAUCACCAAUUUCCAAAACGGCACGACCACGUUCGAGUGUCCCAACGGCAAAGUCAAAUAUGAAGUGCCGCAGCUCAAGAUGGGAGGCGUCAUGCUCGGCGACCGUCUCGUCGAGUGGACAGGCGUCGCACGGUUUGCCGACGCGACAGCCGGCCUCGGCGGCUCGCUGGACUUUGACGGGAACGAUGGCAUUUUUGGCCGGUCGGCCGGCGACGACAUCAAAGGAUCGAUCCACAACCUCAAGAAGGGCACCAAGCCCAGCGUCCACAUCAAGAUCCAAGGCUCGUGGCUCUCACAGCUACGGUUCGACGGCAACGUCGUCUGGGACGUGACGACGGCGCCGGUCGCGCUGCCAGUACCCGUGCCAGUUGCGCUUCCGUCCGACUGCCGCUAUCGCGACGACCUCAUCGAACUCCGCGCCAACGACAUCGAGAAGGCCCAGGCGAGCAAACUUCGCUUGGAGGAGCUCCAGCGAAAUGACAAGAAGCGGCGUAGUGAAAAGCCAAAAUCGACGAAAAAGACCAAAUAAUGGCGCAAGACAGGUCUUAUUACAAACGUAUUCUUGGAGGCCAUAACUCUUUUACUGCGACUUGGCAAACGC